AUGGGUGCUUCAGAGUCCAAGCUCGUGUUCAAGCAGGGGAUCUUCAAACUCUCGGAAGAGAGGAACAUCCCCGCCAGUGAUCCAUACUGGACAGGAUUCUGGGAAUUACCAGAGUCGGUUGAAGAUGUCUUCAGUCUUUUCUCCCAUAGCGACAUUCGCAGAGCCCGAGACUCAGCCCUCGAGAACCUCGAGACCCUGAUUCUAGCGGUGACAUCCCGCCUCAUUGUGCUAAAGAACCAUCCCUCCUUCCCAGAUCCAGACCUCGCACCCGAGAGAGAUGCCUUGAAUUGUAUACGAGUUCUGACCAGACUGCUACCCUACGUAUACGAGGCGGAACAACUCGCAGAAUGGGAGGAGAAGUUCUUUUGGGGCUUGCGCCGCCGUCGAACGCGGAGGGCUCAAGUGGCCGGCGAGAUCCUAUUCGAUGACAGCCAGCGUCUUGAAACCGAAAGAGUGGACGGCGAAGAUCAGGAUUUCGAGGAAGCCAAGCCGCUUGCUGAAGAGUUGAUUGAUACCUUGAUUGAUCUCCUCUUCUAUGCGGGUUUCACGAUACCUUACCUACCUCAGGCUAAGAGUAAAGUCACAUAUGCCAUAUGGCAGAGCGGUGUCGGUUGCAAAGCUUCGAUUCCGACAAACAAAGAGCUAGAAACCAACAGAUGCGAAGUUCUACGUCUUCUAUUGACGCUCACCAGCAAAGCCAUGUAUAUGCCAUCCGGUACGCUUCCAGUUCAAGGUGUCAAAGCCAUCACCUACAUCGCAACUUGUCCAGACAAACAGAUCGUCCUGUCGGUUCUGUGUUCCCUAAUCAACACUACGAUUAAAUCAAGUACCAGUUCCUGGCGACUGCCGUACGACCAUGUGGUCCGCCGAGAUUCAAAACAGACCCUUGUCAUCUAUAGUCUACAGUUUCUUCUUGUUCUGCUCCUCUACCCUGUCCCGGAGGGCGGAAAUCAAGCAACACCGAAGAACUUCUACCGCCAUUACUUGGGUCGUCUGCAUAGACCAGAGGAUUUUCAGUUCUUGGCUGAUGGGAUGACGCGAGUCUUGAGCCAGCCAAUGGAAGCGACCACAUCCUAUUUGCCUGGCAGCCAGAAAUCAGUCAAGUGGGCUCCAGAAAUGAUAAUGCUGUUCUGGGAAGCUCUUCAAUGCAACAAAAGAUUCCGCGCCUUCAUCAUCGAGUCGAAUCGCGCCCAUGACUUCAUCAUUCUGAUGCUAUUCUACGCCAUCGAGUACAAGACAGACGCUUCGAGACAGGGCAUUGUACGGAUGUGUGUGUUUGUGCUCCAAACCAUGAGUGUGGAGUCACCAUUUGGCAACAAUCUCAACAAGAAGUUCGAAGGACAAGACUCAUUGCCUCCGUCGAUACGACUCUCCAAUUUCCGGGGCACCUAUGCCGACUUCUUGAUCAUUUCCAUACACACCUUGAUCACCACUAGCAAAGGGAAAUUGGAAGCCAUCUAUCCAGCACUGUUGGCCAUCAUUAACAACAUGGCCGCCUACGUCCAGAAUUUGUCACUGGCUGCAAGCAGUAGACUUCUGCAGUUGCUCUCAUCAAUGUCCACGCCGAGCUUUGUUUUAGCUAAUGAGAGCAACCAUACAUUACUCCAGGCUCUACUUGAAGCCAUCUCAACAAUGAUCGAGCAUCAGUACACGUCCAAUUCAAAUUUGAUAUAUGCUGUAUGGCGCUCAAGAAAGAGGAUCGAAGGUCUGCGUGCAUUCACUCUGGAUGGAGGUCAAGCAGAGAUCGAACGGGUGGCCCAGAGACGAAAAGAAAGUUCGCUCACGGAUGUCACGAACAACCUAUCGAGGUCUUCGACCCUGACAGACAUGCAUACUCCCACUCAUAACGGCCCCGUAUCCCCACAUACGGACAACGGAGUGGACGGGACUUUUGCUAUCGGAGAUUCUGAUGAGUCUGACAACGAAGACGCUCCAACACCUUCGCAAUCCACACAAUCGAUGCGCACCUCUCGCACACCUUCCAUAGCAUCCUCGUCCGCGGUUGAUGACCAUGUCCCGAUCCAACUAUCAGGCAUGUCCGAAAAAGCCCGGGGGAAGAUGCCUGCAGGAGCGUUGGCAUUUUCCCGACAAAAUAGUACGACCAGUCUUUCUGGCUCUUCGAAUUAUGGCGGUGGUCGUGGCUCGUUCACACCAACUGCCGAGUGGCUCGAGAGUUGGCUUGUUGAUUUGCCACUGCAUACUUUGUUGACAGUCAUCAAAGUCCUUUCGGCACAUCCUCCGGUCUCGUCGGAUCGAACCCGAGCCAAUUUUGAUGGGUCCAGCGAUCAGCCACGCAGAAGCUCAAACUCGAACCCAUCCUCACGUCGACAAAGCUUUACCAACGACGAGCCAUCUAUCACUGAGUUUCGAGCUCAAAUUCCGAACACUGCCAAUCACCCAGCAAUCUCUGCGAUCCUGGCUUCCCCGAGCCCGAUCCGGGUGCAUCUAUUCGAGUGGUCGCCGCUGUCCUUGGGCUGGUAUAUGAGCGUUUUGUGGAGCUUGAUAUUCACAGCAGAGAUGAUGAUUACGCCAGCAUCUUCGACGGCCGCCACACUGACCGGGGCAGGAGCUGUCGCUGCGCCAGUGGGCGUGUGGAACGGCACAAACGUCAAGCUCUUUCAGGUCGCGACGGAGGGACGCCGGGAAGGGCCAAGUCUCUCACAGCCCAGAGGUGCCGUUGACGCUGUAGGAUCACGGCUUGUCCAGGGUGUUCAGGGGUUGAAUCUUGGCGGGCUUGUCGGACGCGUCGGCGCCGCCGGGAGGAGCGUGAGUUUCCAGGGCUCCAACGGAAACAAUAAUGGACGGCAGGGCCUGCGGACUAGAGAGGUCUGA